AUGGCGGCUUCCAUAUUGAGCGUCAACCUUCCCGGGAAGUACAUCUGCAUGGCACCGUCUCCGACACUCCGCCACCUCCGUCCGCCCGUGCGCGAUUGCCGGAGGAGUUGCACCCUCAAGGCCCUCUCUCUUUCUCAGCCACCGGAGUUUCCUAGGGUCCCGCCUGACUCUGAGUAUCCGCCCAAACCUCCGCUGGAAAUGCCGAAUACGAACCCUGUUCCCGGCUUCGAGCCCAACUUCCCAAAUGAGGUGCCCGAGGUUCGGCCAUCUCCGGAGCUCGAAGAGACCCCUCCGAACAUCGACCCGCCGUUGACGCCGCCUCCGCCAUCGCCAGUGCCCCACGUACCACAGCCGCCCGACCUCGUGCCUCCGGUGCCGGGCAUCCCUCUCGUGCCCGACGACGUGCCGCCUCCGGCGCCACCGCAAUCGCCGCCACCGCCCGCUCCGCCGGAGGGUAGCCCGACGAGGCCUUUAAUGCAAGGGGGUUGUUUAUCCCAUCGAGGAUUCGAUUCGACGGGCAGGGGCUUGAUGCUUGAGCGGUUAGGAAUGGUUUUUAUGUGA